AUGAACGGAAGCAACAUUACCGCUUCUCCACUUAUCACCACUCACGAUGUCGUUUUUGCCACGUUGUACGCUUCCAUCGUGUUCUUCGGCGUCACGGCAAAUGGCAUAAUCAUCACCAUUGUGCGGAAAACACGAACCAUGCACACAACAACAAACUAUCUGUUGUUGAACUUGGCUAUAGCUGAUUUUCUAACGUUGUUAUUUUGUCCGGGUUUCUACGACUUUGCACUACACAAGUUUCAAUUGGGUUCCGGGACACUGGAUGACAUCUUUUGCAAGUUUAUUGCAGGAAAUGCAAUCGUUUGUGUCUCUUUCGAUGCCUCUGUGUUAACUCUGUGUGCCAUUGCAAUGGAGCGCUACCUUGGUAUUGUCAAACCUUUCAACAAACGUUGGGCUCUGACGAAAAAGAAUGUAAACUUUAUUAUUCUUGUUAUUUGGGUCGCAGCUGCUUUUUCAAGCUUUCCAGAUACGCUAUGGACGAAGCACAAUAACGAUGACAUACUGUCGCCAUGGCGGUAUCCCUGCACGCGUCCAUGGACAGUUAAGAACCAGACUUGGAACGUCAAAGCUUACAUCCUUGGCCAUUCUGUCGCUCUAAUUGUGCUACCUUCAAUUUUUCUUUGCUUUUGCUAUAUUUCAAGUUCCGCAGCACUUAAGUCAAGCGCAGGUGAACCGGAUGAAGAUCCCGCUAGCAAACGGAACAUGAAAAGGCUCUUAAAGCUUCUCAUCUCGUUAGCUUUGGCAUUUUGCUUACUCUGCCUUCCAUUUGCUGUCUUCUUUUUAUAUGUCACCGCACUCGCCCCUAGUCAUUUAGAGCAAAGUUUUAAACCGUUGUUUCUGGCACACAGAAUCGUUCGCUUUUUGAUAUUUUCUAACUCAUUCAUAAACCCUCUUCUUUACGCUGCUCAAAGCAAAAACUACAGAAAAGUUCUGUUUCAGAAACUUGGCCUUAAAAACAACGCACCUAACACA